AUGACACCAAAUCUACUUCUGGCAGAUAUUCAGAAAGCCUUUUUGCAAAUUGGAGUUAAGAAAACGGACAGAGAUGCUUUUCGAUUCCUGUUCGAAAUCGAUGAAAAGGAGGAACAUUUCCGGUUUGCUAGAUUACCAUUCGGCGUCGAAGCCAGUCCCUUUCUACUUGGAGCAACGUUGGGAUACCACCUUGAGCAACAGCCGACAGGAUUUGAGGAAACUGUGACAGCUCUUAAAGAGAAUACAUACGUUGAUAACAUCAUGAAAACUGGACGUGAUACGGACGACUUGAGGAAAUUUAAAGAAGAAAGCUCCAUCAUUCUUGAGGAUGCCAAAUUCCCAAUCCACAAGUGGGAAUCAAACAUCGCGUGCCUCGAAGACGAAAACAUGCCAAACCCAAGUAAAAUACUCGGACACGUCUGGGAUAAACAAGAAGAUACAUUAGAAUUCGAAGCAGCAACCAUGCCUGAGAACCAACCAAUAACAAAGAGGAGCAUUUUGAGUCGGUUAGGAAGAGUCCACGAUCCUUUGGGAAUGGUAUCGCCUACCAUGGCUGAGGGUAAGCUCAUAUUUCGAGAUGCCAGUGAAGAAAGAAAAGGUUGGAACGCUGAAGUGUCAGAAUCCUUGAAAAGGAAGUGGAUCAAGUGGAACAAUCAAAUGAAGAAUGUUAAAGUUCCUAGAGCUAUAACUAAGAAAUCGGACGUGAUUGAAGGCAUUCAACUCCAUUUGUUUGCAGAUGCUAGUAACCUUGCUUGCUGUGCAGCAACAGUCGCAGUGGUAGAGCACAAAUCAGGAACUUUGAAAGGUCUGUUAACGUCCAAAUCUCGAAUUUCCAAAAAGAACACCACAAUACCGAGGUUGGAACUUGUGAGUGGUCAAAUGGCGGCGAACAUGGCAAGGAAUUUAUACCAUGCACUACUGCGAUUGCCUGUUAAGUCUAAAAUUGAUAAUCAGAUUUCAAAUAAUGAGAUACAUAUUGAUGGUUUUAAUAUAAUUCGUAAAGAUCGAAAUAGGUUUGGUGGUGGUGUGGUUCUAUAUGUUCGCCAAAACAUAUCAUUCUCAGAUAGAAUAGAUCUAAUCCCUGAUGAACUUGAGAUGGUCUGCAUUGAAUUAAGUUUACCCUACAAUAAAUCACUGCUAAUAAGCACAUGGUAUAGACCACCAAAUCCCCCUACGAAUAAAUUUGAUUACUGGGCAAGCUUUUUAGCAAAAUGUGAUAAUGAAGAUAAGGAGCUAAUCCUCAUAGGAGAUCUAAAUUGUGAUGCCAGUAAAACUAUACCUGACCCUCACACAUGUAAGUUGCAAUUUUUAUGUUCUCUGUAUCAGAUAGACCAACUUAUUAAAGAAUCUACAAGGCUAACUCCUAAAUCAGCUACACUAAUUGAUUUAAUAUUAACAAAUAGACCAGAAAAUAUUUCCAGAUCAGGUGUCAUUCACCUGGGAAUUUCAGAUCACAGCCUUGUCUACGCUGUGAGAAAAUUUACACUACCGAAUGGAAGGCAAAAAAUUCGUCAGGUUCGUACCUUUAAAAACUUUGUCGAAAAUGAUUUCAUUCGGGAUGUGUCUCAAUUGCCUUGGGAGAUGGUCUAUCAGUUUGGAGAUCCCAAUUUAUGUUGGCAAGUCUGGAAAUCACUAUUAUUAGAUGCACUUAAUAGACAUGCCCCUCUGCGCCACAAGCGAAUAAGGAAUACCCCUGUCCCAUGGAUUAAUCCUCAAAUUAAAGAACUUAUGAGAAAAAGGGACUAUCACAAAAAAAAGGCCAUAAAAUAUGAUUCGGAGUCACAGGGGGAAUUGUAUAAAACACUACGUAAUGAAGUAAAUAUAAACAUGCGGAAAGCAAAAUCUAAGUACUUUUGUGAUAAAAUCCAGGCAAGCUCUCAAAUGGGAGACAGUAAAAGUGGAUGGGCUUGGAUAAAUUCGCUCUUAGGAAGAAAGCAUAAGAAUGCAAAUAUUAAUGAACUGAAAGUAAAUGAUGAUAUUAUUUCUGAUGAUAAAUCUAUUACUGAAACAUUAAAUGAAUAUUUUAUAAAUAUUGGAAUGAAGAUGGCUGCUGAAUCAGCAUGUCAACGCACUGAUGCUUUAAAUGAUCAAGUAAUUUAUGAAAGUACUGUGCUUCUUCCUAAAGAAAAUUUUCACUUCGCAGAUAUUACUAUAGAUAGUGUUUCCAAACGCCUACAAAAACUAAAUGUCUCAAAAGCGACAG